CAGAAGAACUUUGGCGGCUCUCGGCACCCGUCUUACAGCUACAGUAAAAGACGCAGCUGGCAUAAUUGGUGAAUAUCAUGGAAGUUAAGUCUGCGAUUCAAUCAAUUGCUCUAACUUUAAAAAAAUAAUCACGUGUUUACGAAUUGACAUAACGUAAUUGUUCGAGGGUUACGUUUAACGCCACUGUAGUGUAGCGUUAGCUACUCCGCUUGGUAGCUUCGCACGCUCUCAACUCAGUCAUUUGCGUUUAGUUGUCUCGCUAAGCUGGUUUAAUAACGUAUAUCAGUUCUUUUUAUGCUCACACUGGCGUUCGCCUGCUAUGAUGGAGUUUAUCUCCCAAAGGAAGAAAACACAUUUGUGCAUCAGGUCUUGGAUGACCUGGAAACAUACCAGAAGAGUAGCCCCAAAAGUGUGCUCCUGUUCCCACCUCUAUCCAGCAGGCUACGUUACCUGAUUCAUAGAACCGUCGAAGACCUACCGGAGCUCACCACCUUCUCUGUGGGGGAGAGCUGGUGUCGUCAGGUGGUGGUUUGCCCCUCAGAGCUCAGAGGUGAGGCUCAGGAAGAAGACGAUGAUGGAGAGAGCAGCUCCGGUCUGGACGAAGAGCCUGUUAAAAGUCCCAAAAGACAAUCUUCCACCUCAACUCGAAUCAAAGCACCCAGAAGGCCAGACAAGGCGCUUUACACGCCGAGAGCUGCUCGGCAGAAUCUCCAGAGCCAAAACUCACAAGCCUCCCAAGGAGUCCAGGAGUCACCAACUUCAGCUUUCCUCACCAGUCGAUCGAACUCCUCCUCCUCGUCACUUGUAUUAAAAGAAGAGUCAAUUCCAUUUGCAGCAGAUGGCGCCGUUGUGGACAAAACAUUAACGAAAGGAAAAGUGAACUUGAGUGCUCAUGAGGACGACGUCACACUUUCCUGCCUGAGUAAAAUGUGUCUUGAGGACAAACCUGCCAAAUGUGACCUUAGUGAAGAGAUCAAGACACACCUGCUAGAAGCUGUGACGUUUACCGUGCGGCUUGUAUGCAAUGACUACUCCGCUUACGAGAAUCUUCCCAUCACCCCUGAGGACUUUGGCCACGUUAUCGAGAUCUAUGACUUCCCUGUUAUGUUCAAAACAGAUGACCUCUUGGAUGCCUUCGCUGAGUACAGUGAUGGUGGGAUGAAGAUUACAUGGGUGGACGACACACACGCCUUGGGUGUUUUUGCCACUCAAACGGCAGCAGUGCAUGCCCUCUCCAUCUGCCACCCCUUGCUGAAGGUUCGAACACUCGCUGAAGGCAGUAAAAUGGCCAAAGGCAAGGCCUUUAAACGAACAGAGUUCAUCCAGCCGGUGAAGGAACGACCGAAGACAGACAGCGCUGUUGCUAGGCGGAUGGUAGCCCGAGCUCUGGGCCUGAAUAGACGAGGACGAGGGCGAGGGCAGUGCAUCUGAAAGCUUAAAGUGUGGGCAAUUCAAGUGGUUGUGAAACACUUUCUCCCCGCACUUCCUGAAUGGCCGUUCAUCUGUCCGUAUGCCCAUCCGUCCGUCUACCUGUGCGAAAGCUGAUUGGUCAGCAGCCCGGGAAAUGUUUCGACGCUUUCUGAACUCCGCGAGCCACCUGUGAAUCCGGAAAUAUUAACAAUGAAUAGACGCCACCGAUGAAGGAAUUGAUAAGUAAUCGCUCACUCUGUAAAUUUGUGGGAUUAUCGUCUGUACUCUGAAAAUAUUUUUCAUUCACUGUCAGUGUUAUUGAGUUUUCAAAAAAAUGAAUGUUCUGGCUGGAA